AGAGCUGUCAUUCGAAUGCGCAGUGGCAAAAGCGGAAGAUGGUCACAAGCAUGGUCGGGACGAGCUGGGCUGGGCAUUGACUGGCGGUGGACAAUAAUUCCAUACGGACUGAAUGUUUGGGCGAAGUCUAUAAAAAGUGAGUUUUGCCGAUUUCCGAUGCAUGAGGCUAUAACAUCUGGGGUUUUCCAUGUAUAGCCUACGGCUCCCUCGUCUGUGGCAUGGAGACUCUAAACGCCGCUCGGAAGCCAGGCAAUUCCUGUCUGUAUAUAUAUAUAUUGGAGGAGGAAUCCGGUGGUCUCACACAGAAGGAGCUGAUGUUCAAGUUGCCGCCUGGAGCAGAUACUCGUCAACGUCUUUGUGUCUGAGACCCAGACUGUUUCUGAAGCAGCACGCUCUUGCGUCGUGUUGAAUAUCGUCGUCUGUGCGGUCACAUGCCGCUGAGGGUGACUGCUGUCAUCUCACAGGUAUCCUAGUCUCCUCAGACCUCUAUUCUCUGCUGAUCUCGGGUGAGUCCACGGAGCUACUAUUAUUUUUGUUGAGUUUCCAAGAUGGCCAUCUAGAGCUCCUUCGAAGGGACUUGGUUCCACACCCUCGGACUCUUUACUCUCUGCUGGAAGCGUCGCUGGUUCACAAUGAGCAGGUUUCUGCACCAUGGGAGAUUACGGGCUUCCUGCUCGUUGCUAUUUCUAUUGCUUGCUGUACGUGUGGACGUAGCCAAGAGUCAGGCAUCCGGGCUGAGGCUAAUUAGUGGUGCAGAGGAGAGAGGAGCAGUUUGUAUAGAUGGGUCUGCACCGGGUUACUAUAUUUCUCCUGGAUUUGGCGGCGGAGUAAAUAACUGGAUGGUUUACGUCGAGGGAGGUGGAUGGUGUAAGAGUAUCAGAGAAUGUGCCAACCGGGCCAACACGUACCUCGGGUCUACGAACCUUUCCCCGACGAGAGAAAUUCUACCGAACUCGGGGAUCCUCAGUCGCAACGCUGGCGUGAAUCCCGACUUCUACAACUGGAAUGUCGCCUGGUUAAGAUACUGCGAUGGAUCCUCGUUUCUUGGCGACAGAGAAGAGCCUGUUGUAGUCUCCAAGGACGUAACCAUCUACCUCAGGGGGCAGAGGGUCUGGGACGCGAUAAUGGAGGAUCUCAUGGGCAUCGGCAUGGCUACAGCUGAAAAGGCUCUACUCAUCGGAUGCUCGGCUGGGGGUCUUACGGCGAUUCUUCAUUGCGAUUCCUUCAAAGCACUUUUCCCUGGAAAUUCGGUGGUCAAGUGUAUGGCAGAUGCCGGCUUCUUUCUAGACACUCCAGAUGUUGGCGGUGGUGUCACUUCGCUCGACCUUUUCCGUGGCGUUGCAAUCACACAUAACGUAAUGCCUGCCUUGGACAAAAGUUGCACGUUCUCGAGGGAACCAUCUCUGGCAUGGGAGUGCUUCUUCGCUCAAAACGCUUUACCGUACGUCCAAACGCCUUUGUACAUCCUUCAAUCAGACAUGGAUUACUGGCAGAUUGGAAACCUCAUCGCUCCGAAGUCGGCAGACCCCGCGGGCACAUGGACGAGGUGCACUAAAGACAUUGGGAGUUGCUCUUCCGAGCAGCUUGGAGUGCUUCAAGACUUCAGACUUAGCAUGGUCAGGGCUUUGGAAGCUGGAAAUUCUGCUGUACGAGGAGAAUUCGUAAUAUCAUGCAGUGCUCAUUGCAUGGCAACAGACACUGCUCGAUGGAACGGCCACCAGACCUUCUUGAUUAAUGACAAGACGAUUGCGCAGAGCGUAGGCGACUGGUACAAUGCGAGAGAUGUGAAAGAUCUCGAGUUAGUCGACGGACCCUAUCCGUCAAAUCCGACAUGCGCAGGAAGGCCAACAAACUCUGAAGAAACAGAUUUUGCUGAGCAUUUAAACUUGGUUACUCAGGACUGAGCUGGUCUAUCAUAGUUUUCAUGUACAUGGUUUUUAGUACAUAAACUGGAAUGCAAGUUACCAGGAAAUUGGCAACAAGAUCAGCCAUUAGAACUAGACAAACUAGAAGCUCAGUCAAGGGAGCUAAACGUUCCCUUUACGAUGCAAUAAGUACUUCAGGAUUCGACAAUAGAGAUUACAGGUCUCAGCAUUCAGGAGACAACGUGCAAGUAGACUUAGGAAACUAGAGAUCCAGUUGCCACUAGUAAACUGAGAAGACAUGGGCGUGAUUUGGGAACUUGACGAAAGGUAAACCCUUAAGUGUCGCAUUCCUGCCUCAGUUGUCUGGUUGUCAAAAAGCUGGACCAUACGUGCAGGAUAGAAUAGUAGCAACAUCACAAGCUCGGGUCGCAUGGAGAAGCACAACUUAGAAAGACCUGUGUUGAGCAAUUCCAUGGUCAUAUUUCAGAAGAUAUGUUGAUUACAGCGGGUGAGACGCUAAGUUCUUUCGUUACUGUGAGUGAACUUCUGUCAGAGAAAACCUUCAGCUCGAGAUCGAGGACGAAUACCACUCCCAUCGAUCAAUGGAUGGUUAACUGUUAGGGGCGGGCCUUCAUGGUAAGCUUCAAAACUUACGAAAGUAAAGUUGUCAGUUAUUUUUAUAAUUGAGUGGGCUAAUAUGUCAAAAAAUGCAAUAAAAAGAUUGCAAAGACAUGAAAAAUGUCUUUGAUGGACUGCAGCAACUCGUGAGACACUUGAUGUGCGAGAGAAACUGUCUCUGGUCGAUGUACGUACCUUUCUGUAUUAAAAUUGCCUCAUACGGCCCUGAAGAUCUCGUUCACAUUCUCAAGGCGUCCAUUCAUUCAGAUAAUUUACCGCAGCAAAGAUACAUUAGUAGAUUCGAUAUCCAACGCAUGGAGUUGGAGACGAAACAUCCAGUGCAGUGUAUCUGUUCUCAAAAAAUCCUGAACGUUUGCAGAUGCACAUGGAAGAUGGAUACAUCUCAUUUUGACCCCGAAUAAAACGCUCAGACAACUUACAUAUUCACAAAUGAAUUUGGGAACUAAUAUACAAAUUUAGAUUACAGACCCUCUGGUAUGCUGGAGGCUCGAUCAACGACUAGAUAAUCUCCACGAAUGUCCUUAGCGACUCUUAUCUUAUCAUCGAGAAACACUGAUUCGAA